GAGAUUCCAGUAAACAUUAAGUUUUGUCUAGAAGGCAUGGAAGAAUCUGGGUCUGCAGGCCUUGAUGAGUUGAUUUUUGCUGAACGAGAUGCGUUCUUCAAAGACGUGGAUUACAUUUGCAUUUCUGACAACUACUGGUUAGGCAAGAACAAGCCUUGUAUCACCUAUGGUUUGAGGGGUAUCUGCUACUACUUCAUAGAGGUGGAAUGUAGUGACAAAGACCUUCACUCAGGAGUUUAUGGUGGCUCAGUGCAUGAGGCAAUGACAGAUCUCAUUGCUCUGAUGGGUUCCCUUGUAGACAAGAAAGGGAAAAUUCUGAUCCCAGGUGUUAAUGAAGCAGUAGCAUCUCUUAGUGAUGAGGAGAUGGCACUUUAUGAUAAGAUUGACUUUGACAUGGAAGAAUAUGCACAAGAUAUAGGAGCAAUGAAACUACUGCAUGAUACAAAG